UCAAAGGAUUGGAAUUUCCGUCGUGUACUAUUAUUACUGUAUAUUGUAACUGUAUUGGCCGAGUUUGUAAAGCAUUUUGUUGUUCUUAGAGAAGCAAAUAUCAGGCAUUCGUUUGGCUGAAGAUGCUCAAUGUCCGCACAUCUAAGAUGGCAGAUUCACAGACGCACAACCUUCAAUCAUCAAUACCACACAUGAAUACGUAACAUAGAAAGCAUCAAUAGGAGACCAUCGGCUCAGUGACCUUGACCCAGAUACCAAGGAGAUUCAAACCUGACCUUGACCUUCCAUACUCCAAGUUGAUAGAGAGGCCCACUUAUCUGAUGCUGGCGUCUCCUGAAUUGGUAAGCCCAGUUUCCGUCUUCGAUAUUUACCACCAAUUGCAGAAGACAUCCAAGUCAAUGAUCCAUACGUACAUACGACUGGUACAACUAAGUAUUGCCUGCUGAGGACUGUUUGUCUGAGGGCCCAUCGUCGGGAGUUCGUCACAAGCGUAAUCAUAUUAACGAGGUACUUGGAAUUCAUAGCAAUCCCCAUCCCUUCAGUAACAGAUUAGUGGUCCGGUUACGAAUGUCCGUACUGUCUAUGUUACGACAGUAUAUCACAUAAACCACCGACCAUGGGAGACGUGGAAGCUUUAGCUGAUAAAUUGGCAAUGUAUAAUGAGGUACUUGGACUGCAUUGCAUUCGCACUUUACAGGAACCAGAUUCGUCUCUUAGAACAGAAGUCUCAUCAUCCUAGGUGGAAAAAAACGUGUGACUUGCUUAAGUGGAGAAAUUGGUGACGGGUUAAAAACUCACUCAGAAUGCAUAGCAUUUUGCGCCCUCCAAGUCUUUACGGAUCCUUGAUAUAAUUUAUUCAGCGUCAGGAAGCGUCGAGUCGUAGUUCAACUGCGGUGUUGUCGUAACAAAUUGCUUAUAUUUCUGUAUAGAUAACUUUAAUCGGUAGACAGCACCAAGGGGAACAUCCUAGUUCUAUUUAUUCUGUCCGAUGGUACACAAAUCAUUUAGAUCAUCUGCCCCGGUAAUAUAAGUCGUGGAGGAGAUUUACAAAUAGAUAUACGAUACAAACGAGGGAGGAUCGGGAGGAGACGUUUCAUCUUCUGAUAGGCUAUUUGAAUUGUAAUUGUUUUCAAAAUGGAUACGUUUUUCGACCAACACGACAAACACACGUGUGACCUUCCGGAAGAGCCGGUAAAUCACGUGACAUUCCUCUUCCACGGGUGCAUCUUGCCUGUUCUCGUCUUGUUCGGGUGUGUAAACAACCUACUCGUCAUACGGAUACUGUGCAAAAUGAACACAAAGUCCGCGACGGCGAUUCUCCUAAAUGCUGUCGCGGUGUCGGACUUUAUGUAUCUCACUUCGACAGUUGUCACUUGGAUUGGUUGGAGCUGGUACGAAGCAUUGGGAGAGUUGUGCACGUACAUGGAGAACUUCACGUUGGCUAUUCCCUUCCUCAUCGGUUUCUACGAAACUAUUUGCGAUAUUGUGGUGUGGGUGUUUGUAAUGUUACUUAUUGAACGAUACGUUUCCAUGACAUAUUUCAUCAUGGAUGAUAAAUACUGUGUGAGGCACGGCCAGAGAGGCGGUGUCGUUGUCGUUGCCUUGUCAUUUCUCCUUGCAACCACUUUCAACAUUCCAGCCAUUGCGACCUACCGCAUCAUCAGUAAAACAGUUUCAGAGAACGGUAGCUCCGUCGUGGUUGUUCCAGAAGGUCUAUCAACCAUGGACAACGUCGGGUAUUCGUAUUAUACGCUGGAUUGCAUCUUAAACAUUUUCAUACCGUUAGGGAUAGGAUUCUUAAUGACUUCACACAUGAUCAUUAUUUUGUACAGUAAAAAAGGAAGGCAAGGAGAGUACACGUAUGCUCAAGGGGAGAACAGCCAUACUAAAGUGGACAAAGGGGGCUUUGCUACAGUUGCUGUGGUAAUCUUCGGCGUUCUCCUCAUUCUCUGCGAAACGCCGCGAAUCUUACAGGCAAGUUUAGUUCUUGCACAAACAAAAAUGGAUAAACGAAUGUUCCUCGACAUUAUUCAUUACUGCUCCGUUUCCUUUAUCACAUUACAGGCGGUAAACUCUUUCUUUAAACUGUUCAUUUAUUGUACAGUGUCGAAGGAGUUCAAAACCGCCACGAGGUCACUGUAUUCGCGACAGAAACAUCGGCACAAGCAGCGAAAGACACGGUCAGUUGUACUUUCUACGAACAAUCAAAGACUGAGAUCAGACGAGGAACAAGGCAUUGUGGAGGAGUCACAAUAAUGCAGAUUCAGAAACUACCAAAAUUUAACUUCGUAUUUUCGUCCAAAUUAUUAAUCUUUUCAACGACAAUUGCUCGACACGUGCCUGUCAUCGCAACGCUGUGGCGAUAUUAAGA